AGCGAGCGACAGCCGCGUCGCAGCUCCGGGCCUCGGGCUGGGCGAGCCCGCGCGGGAGGGCACCCGGCCCCAGCACAGGGGGCAGCUCGGCGCGCCUCAGGGGUCAUGGUAUGCUGAACAGGCAUUCAAUCAACAGAAAUCUGGGGGAAGCGGGAAACUGAACGGUUUUGAGGUCACGCAGUGGGAGAAAAAGAUAGAGGAGCAUUAACAAGAAGCUGGAUCGGGGGAUUGGAAUUGGCACUCCCAUACCAGAUGCUGUUGUUGCAAGCAGUGGCUUAACCUACUGAGCCACAACGCCAGCCCUAUGUUCACUCAAGAAAUGUCAGGAAAGAGAGCUUAUUAGAGUUUCUUCAUAAACUCGUGUUAGAAAUAACAUCGUACUUUAAUCAGAGAUUUCACCUGGGCCACGGGCCACGAUGGAUGUGCAUCCUGAUACCCUUGGGGGUAAGGAGAGCGCAAGCAGCAACUGCAAGGCAAGCAGCAACACAGGAAACCAGCAAGGUCACUACCCUUGCAUGAACAAAAAUGACAACCAGGAUGCCAUGCUUAAUUCUCCACAGGAUGUUGCUAUGAAGACAGAUUCAACAAGCAUGACUGAUGUGGAGUCUAUGGUCACUAAUUUUGCAACUUCAGCGAGAGCAGGCCGCCGGAAUGCCUUACCGGACAUCCAGAGUUCAGCUGCUACAGCGGGAAGCUCAGAAUUACCCCUCAAACUGGCGGACCUCUCUGUGAAGGAAGAUGUAAAAAAGAAAGAUGAAGAAGCAACACAAGACCAACUGAAAACCCCCCAAAAUGAAGAAAAAUGAAGAUUCAUAAUUUAUCUAGAGUACUGAAUGUAUGCACAGCAAAUGACCUAAUGGCUCUGUUUUCCUGAGAUGUUUGAUUUGGUGGUAACUAUGGUAACAUUGAAGCCUAAGCAACAUGGGUGUUCUGGAUAAUUUUGUUGCAAAGCCACCUGCUUGGAAGGUAACCACAAUGUAACCACAAUGUCCAAUGUAGACUAUUAGAAGGAAGGUUACUCACAAACUGCAUCCAAGAGAAAGGUUAAGAAUGUGUGGUCACUUAAAUGCAUAUCAUUGUGUAUACACUCAACAAAAUCCACUCUUCUUUUUUAGAUUUGUUUAGUUAGAUGUAUUUGUCAUUCCAUUUCUAUGGAAUAUGGUGACGGGCAAACCAUUUUUUUUUUUUUUGUAAAUGUGAACUAAACACCAUUAAUUUGACACUUUAUAGAAUUUGUAGGAUAUUGAGAUUUGGCGAGAAGGAAUAGUAACAUAGUGAAAAAUUACAUGGGUAACAUGUGUUUGUUUUUAACCAAAAAUGCAUUAGCUUUUUUUUCCCAAGCCCUAAAAAUGA